AUGUCCCAGCCUGGGGACUUCGCUGCAGAGCUCUACUCUCUCAGAGACACGGUCCGAUCUCUUCAGCAAUCGUUGUCCAAUGUCCAAGACAUCCAGGCGGUCCAAUGGCUGCUAAAUCACUACACAGCGCUCCACGAUGAGGCGUGCUUCGACCUGAACAAGCAACAAGAAUGGGAGAACCUCUUCGCCGAGGAUGGUGUCGCCAUCUACCCCUUCGGGCAGCACAAGGGUCGCGAGGGAAAGGGUGCAUGGGCUUUUGGCGGUGUAUCGUAUUUCGAGCGGUGUCAGCUGCUCAGCAGCAACUUUGACAUCACCUUCGGCCCCGGACGGAAACAGGCUCAUGUCCGAACGAAUUGCAUCGCGCAAUGGAUGAAACGAAAGGACGUCUACCAUGAGCAUUUCGACGAGGGCGGGUUCUACAACUGGAUCCUGAGAAAGGACGAUAGUGGCCAGUGGAAGAUCCAGCAGGUCAAGCUGACCAUCACUUGGACCACCGGCGACGAUCCAACGGGUGUGGGACCUAAGAGCAAGCAUUCAGAGAUGCUGUGA